AUGGUGUCAAAUAACUUUUCAUGUGAGGAUUUAACUGGCGGAUUAGAAGGAGGUGGAGGAGGAAUUUCACUUGGUUUGAAACGUUUUGGAGGAGGUGUGAAUAUUUGUGAAGCAACGGGUGGGGGUUUUUACAUCCCUGAAGAGAACGAUUGCAUUCAGUGUGAAGGUCCUAAAGACAGUUCACUCUUCAUUCCAGAUUCACCAUUAAAAUCUUCUUCAGUAUCAGAAGAACCACUUGAAGAAGAAGACAAAGACGAUUUCUCGGUCUUCUUCAUCUCGUCAAGGAAUACCUCUCUACUAAUCCUUUGA